GCUGUCUGCCAUCACGCACGCUGUCCUGCUAACAGGGUCCCAAGCCGUGCCUACGGUCCCGUCCUCUCUUUACCCCAGUCGCUCUCUUCAAGGUUCCUACGCUCUUUCUGGAUUGGCAAUAUCCACCCGAGAAAAUCAAGAAAAUCACAUUUCACUAUGGACAUUAUGCAUGCAGUUGAUGACACGACGCAAGGCCAGCUUGAUCUUGUCGAAAAGAAGCGGUUUGAUUCCUUCCGUCUGGGAAAGGCCCCCGUGGCUUCAUCCCGGCCCAGGUCUUUCCAUGGACGCCCACGUUCUCGCAACACUUCUAUCUCUUCUUUGUCUGCCAUUUCUGUUUCCACUUCAUCUACUUCUGUCAAAUUUAUGAACGAUAUGUCCCCCACUUCUGUUACACACCCCGUAGGGCCCUCCAAGCGACCCACUUCCCGGCCCACCUCACAUCACCGGCGACAGUCCUCUGUAUCUACCCGCAGAGAGUCAGCGGAAGUCAUGGGUAAGGCUCUGUCUGACUUGCCGCCCUCAAUCGCGGAAGACAACAUCAAUCUCGGCGACAAGGACUCUGUCCGUAGACAAGCGCUCUGGGCACUGGAGGGCAAGUCGUCUGUCGGCGAUUAUUCCAAGGUAGAGAUACCUGAGCUUGGAACCCCCGAAAUUGAGAGACGGAUAUUUGAAUUCCCGAGCAAGCCCUCGUUUCCUCCUGGACCAGGGAUGGGAUUUGGGGGAGGUAUCAAUAGCCUCGUUGGUAAACGUGAUUCGUUCGGCAAAUCAACCUUCCCGUCUUCGUCUACAAAGGAUCAGCUCGAUACUCUCCUGGAAGAGGAAGAAGAGGAGGAAGAGGAGGUCGGAGAGGUUGCUUCCCUCACCUCAAGAGAGGCAGAUGCGCAGGCUUGCGAAGUCCGUCCAGUCACUAUCUCCGUUAUUACCCCGUCUCCAGCCCCAGCUCGUCACCGCCCGGUUGGUCUCAGUCUGCGCCCUCUGUCACUGACGCCAGAUGCCGUUGUCAGCUACACGAGCGGCAAUCUGCCGACACCAGUCUCUACUCCACGAUCAACAGGAUUGAAGUCCCUUACUCUGGCCAAUCCCGCCCUUAGCGAAGGAAAAGAUAAUCAGAGCACCCACGAUCCGACUUCAGCUUCUAAAUGCAAUUCAUUAAAUUCUGACGUAGAGCGCAGACGUUCGAUGUCGCCUGCAACUGUCCUAGCGAGGCGCAGCAGUAUCUCAUAUAUCUCCUCCGACUCCCCUCGCUGUGCAGCGGCCUCUCUCCCAACCCCUGAGAUGACACCGACGUCGACAUCUAGCCGAUAUCGGUACUCUGCAUCCAGUACAGAUAGUGACCUGGCUCGAGAGCCACUGUCUUCUAGCGAGCAGCACUUCCUCGUGAAGCAGCAUUCAGCAUUGCUCGCCAGGAUCGAGGAUCUUGAGCGUGCCCUGUCAGCUCGUCCUCGGUCUCGUCGCACGUCUUACGCCUCCGAUAUAUCGACGUCGGUAUCAAUCAGCAGUUCAGAACCUAGCGAUGAGAUACUGCAGCUUGUGGCAGAUCUCAAAGCAGAACGAGACGAACUCAAGAAGGAUGUGGAUGGUUGGAGGGUCCGAGUCAGUGACUUGGACAAACAGGUUGGUGUCCUUGCCAACAGAGUCGACAUGGAGAGACGCGAGGCUUGGGUUGCUAGAGAGCGCGUUGGCCUCCUGCAGGUUGAAAAGAGCUCUUUGGAGAGGGAAUUGACUGCGCAGCGCGUCUUGGUGGAGGAAAGUCAGGAAAGGUAUUCUGCUGCCAAGCAAGAGCUUGAGGCUCUGCAAGGCAAGUGCGAGCGACUGGAGCAAGAAGUCGAGCAAUCUCGCAAGUACCCUGCGGAGAUUGCUGCUCUCCAAGCGGAGCUAGCGCAAGAGAGGUCGAAGAGGGAAGCAUAUGAGCGAGAAUUGGAGAACGCGGGCCUGCUGGCGACGCCGACACCCAAUUCUUUCGAAUUCAAGGUGACUCCCCUGCGCAACCGAAGCUUCGGUUUUAUGUCGGUGGGUUCCGAGAGUUCAUUCACUGACGUGGAAUCUGUCGAUGAGACUUCGUUUCGCAACGAGAAGAUUCUGAAAGCUGUCGCAGAGGAGGACGAAGACCACGAUGAUGAACUUGCUAGGUAUGAGGAAGAGAAUGAGUCGGACGUCAGCCUCGAGAGUCCCGACGGUUCCUCCGUGGGCUCCUUUGAAGAGUUGCGUCGCUCCGUCAGGGACCUAACAAUCGACGUCCCUACUGCCUCCACAAUCUCGCGUGUUGUCCUUUCUGCUAGCCCUUCACCUUUGCCAUCGCCGUCUCCGUCUCCUGUCUUUGAUGAACCCGUCAGGCCAACACACAGCCGUCGCAAUUCACUGUCCAAGGCAUGGACGUUCCCUAAAGGUCCUCAAGUUCAGGUGUCCCGCAGGAAAGACUCCGUCGACCGUUUCUUCGGUUGCUUGGAAGAUCUCGAUGCAUCUCCCCCCUUGUCGUCAUCAGGCGUUCAGAGCGACAAGGGCGCAUUCUCAAGCUCGUUUACUCUCGGUAUUGAGGAUGACGAUCUUCCCCCUUUCUUGCUGCCUUCGGAUGUUGGUACCGUUGUCUCGGAGGAGACUUUCAAACUUGAUGUUGGUACCGUUGUCUCGGAGGAGACUUUCAAACUUGAUGUCCUUUAUGAGGAAGAUGAAUCCGAGGAACAUAAUGAGAAGCAGACGGACGAGGACGCAGCAAGUGAAAUAGAAGGCGAAGAGGUAGAGGGCGGCAUCAGGUUUACUUUCUCUCCACCGUCGAAGGCAGAUGAAGCGCCUUCAUUCUCUGCGCCCUGCUUCCACGAGGCAGAUGGAGCCGAGCCUGCUCCGUUCACUUUUCCCCAGCAGAGGGUGUCACAGGAGUCUGUUCAGCAACCCACCGAUCAGUCCACCAGAUCGCCGCCGUCGCUACUUAGGAAGGUAUCAACGCCAUCGGGUAUACCUAGGUCCACCAGGAUACCUAGCGCAAUCCCUCUCGCAACGAAGGCCAGCCCCCCUAAGCCUGCUGUACCGGAAUAUCCCAUCAGUGUAUCUGGUUCUCUUCGAUACUUCACUCCUCCGAGCAAGCGUGGCGGAGUAAUGCCCUCAUGCAUACCCCAUAGAUCUCCAUCAAGCCCGUCCCCUACUAGGAUCGGGACUCCUACUCGGUCGAGAUGUAUGACGCCUGUUACAUUCAUACCUCAUUCGCUGGCACGGCAGGGCUCCUCUACUGCAAAGGCGAAGCCAAAUGGUUCAAAUGGUUCGACCGUGAGUGUUGUCGCGGGCGCGCCUUCCAGGUCAUGCGAUGAAUGCUCAUUCUUCCAACCGGGCCCGUCUGACAUGACCAACUCAAGCCUUUCCUAUCAAUUACCCACUGAUACCUCUCCGACUUGCGACGGUUCAAAGCAGUGUUCCACGACUACCUCUCCCUCUGUACCUUCUAGCCUGUUUUCGCCACGACUUUCCCUUCUUACCAACUUCAUCAGUGCGUCUGGACUGCCCUGGAGCCCUCGAUGUAAUUCCGACAGCCCGUUGUUACCGGAUCAUUCGGACAAUGUGCCAGCUAUGAGUACUGGACGGAAGGAAAGGGGCUUCGUGUCGAAAGAGAAGCAACUGGAAGCUCUUAGAGCUCGUAUGGAGGAGGAGAGGAAGCUAAAGUUGCGAAGUGGCGGCGUCCUCAACCUUUGA